AUGCCUUUGAUCGAUGGUUCAAAGGACCACAACACUGUCCAUAGUCAUGGCAGUGUCAACAUCAGCAUACCCCAUAUGGGAGUAGUCGAUCCUGCAGGAGAGGUACCUGUUCGUCGCGAUGAAGAGAACCGACGACAAAAGAUUGUGGUGGUGGGACUGGGAAUGGUCGCGGUCUCAUUCAUUGAGAAAAUUGUUAAGCAAGAUGCAGAGAGACGCAAGUACGACAUCGUCGUGAUCGGCGAGGAGCCGCACAUCGCCUACAACCGCGUCGGUCUUUCCUCCUUCUUCGAGCAUCGCAAAAUUGAAGACUUGUACCUCAAUCCGAAAGAAUGGUAUGGUUCGUUCAAAGACCGAUCAUUCGAUUACCACAUCAACACCAGUGUGACCGACAUCUUCCCCGAUCACAAAACCGUUCGGACAUCAACAGGCGACACGAUACCCUACGAUAUCCUCGUCAUUGCAACAGGCUCAGAUGCGGUGCUUCCCUCUCACACGCCUGGCCACGAUGCCAAUGGUAUUUUUGUUUACAGAACGAUCCAAGACCUUGAGCGCCUCAUUGAGUUCGCAUCGAAACACAAAGGUGAAACCGCAGUUACCGUUGGAGCAGGCUUACUGGGCCUAGAAGCCGCCAAGGCAAUGACGGACCUGGAAGAGUUUGGAAAUGUGAAGCUUAUUGAUCGCAACAAAUGGGUUCUUGCACGACAGCUAGAUGGCGAUGCAGGAACUCUGGUGACUCGAAAGAUCAGAGAACUUGGUUUGGAUGUGCUACAAGAGAAGCAGGUCGCGAAAAUCAAAACCGACAACGGUAACAAUGUGACUGGGAUUGUCUUCGCGGAUGGAGAAGAGAUCGAUUGCUGCUGCAUCUGUUUUGCGAUUGGAGUGCGACCCAGGGACGAGUUAGGAAUCUCAGCUGGCAUCCAGUGCGCUGCACGGGGAGGAUUUGUGAUCAAUGAAAGUCUUCAAACCUCUAUUCCAGAUAUCUAUGCAGUGGGUGAAUGUGCUAGCUGGGAAAACCAAACAUUCGGAAUCAUUGCACCAGGCAUCGAGAUGGCUGAUGUACUGGCCUUCAAUCUGACCAACCCAGAUAAGGAACCGAGGAGUUUCAAGAGGCCCGACUUAAGCACAAAAUUGAAGCUAUUGGGAGUUGAUGUUGCCAGCUUCGGUGACUUCUUCGCUGACAGAGAUGGUCCGAAAUUCCUUCCGGGUCGGCGACCAUCAGUCAUUGAUGGUGCCAUGGAGGACACUGAUGGAGACAAAGAGCCAGUCAAAGCCCUCACAUACAAGGACCCCUUCGGUGGAGUCUACAAGAAGUAUUUGUUCACAAUGGAUGGGAAAUACUUGCUUGGCGGCAUGAUGAUCGGAGACACCAAGGACUAUAUCAAACUGAACCAGAUGGUCAAGAGCCAGAAGCCUCUCGAAGUACCUCCAAGCCAAUUUAUCCUCGGUGCGCAAUCGGACGGUGAGGAGAAUGCCGAUGAUCUCAAUGAUGAUGCUCAGAUCUGUGCGUGUCACAAUGUCACUAAAGGAGACAUUGUCUCCAACGUCAAGAACGGCACAUGCAAAUCCAUUGCCGAAGUAAAGUCUUGUACAAAGGCAGGCACUGGCUGUGGAGGUUGCAUGCCAUUGGUGCAGUCAAUCUUCAACAAGGCCAUGCUGGACAUGGGUCAAGAAGUCUCGAACAACCUUUGUGCACAUAUUCCGUUUCCUCGGGCCGAUCUCUAUACAGUGAUCGCCGUCAAACAAUUGAGAAGUUUUGUUGAUGUGAUGAAGGCUGUGGGAAGGAAGCCUGACUCCCUUGGCUGUGAGAUCUGCAAGCCUGCCAUUGCAUCAAUUCUUUCAAGUCUAUUCAAUCAACACAUUAUGGACAAGGAACUCCAUGACCUUCAGGAAACUAACGACAGAUUCCUCGCCAACAUUCAGAGAAACGGAACCUUCUCUGUGGUCCCACGGGUCCCUGGUGGCGAAAUCACGGCUGAUAGGCUGAUUACAAUUGGCCAAGUGGCCAAGAAAUACAACCUCUACUGCAAGAUCACCGGCGCUCAGCGUAUCGACAUGUUUGGCGCCAAGAAACAAGACCUACUCGAUAUCUGGACGGACCUUGUGGAUGCUGGAAUGGAGAGCGGUCACGCUUAUGCCAAAGGUCUGCGGGCAAUCAAGAGUUGUGUCGGAACCACAUGGUGCCGUUUCGGUAUCGGCGAUAGCGUUGGAAUGGCAAUCCGACUGGAAGAGCGCUACAAGAGUAUUCGAGCACCUCACAAAUUCAAAGGCGCCGUAUCCGGCUGUGUCCGAGAGUGUGCUGAGGCCCAGAACAAGGAUUUUGGAUUGAUUGCAACUGACAAAGGAUUCAAUAUCUUUGUUGGCGGUAAUGGUGGUGCCAAACCUCGGCAUGCAGAGUUGCUUGCAAAAGACGUGCCCCCUGAGAAAGUGAUUCCGAUCGUUGAUAGAUACCUCAUUUUCUACAUCAGGACCGCAGAUAAACUUCAACGCACAGCAAGAUGGAUUGAGAACCUCCCCGGCGGUAUCAAUUAUCUGCGGGAGGUUAUCAUCGACGAUAAACUGGGCAUCGGUGCUGAAAUGGAACAGCAAAUGGAAGAGCUAGUGAAUAGCUACUACUGCGAGUGGACUGAGACUGUUCGAAACCCUAAGCGGCGCAAGUACUUCCAACAAUUUGCCAACACCGACGAGACGGUCGACACGGUAGAAGUCAUCAAAGAUCGGGGCCAGGAGCGGCCUACAUACUGGCCCAAAGACUCUGCAAACGAAGACUUCAAGGGUCAUCAAUGGUCCAGUCUUGCUUGGCAGCCUGUCAUCAAGGCCGAUUACUUCUCGGAUGAGCAUCCACAGAUCUCAUCCGCCAACAUCAAGCGCGGCGACACUCAGCUGGCCAUAUUCAAGGUCAAGGGCAAAUAUUACGCCACGCAACAAAUGUGCCCUCACAAGCGAGCUUUUGUCCUAUCGGAUGGUCUGAUUGGAGACGAUGAUGCGGGCAAAUACUGGGUUUCUUGUCCUUAUCACAAGCGCAAUUUUGAGCUGAACGGUGAGCAGGCGGGAAGAUGCUCGAACGACGAGAGUAUGAACAUUGCUACCUUCCCUGUUGAGGAACGUGACGAUGGCUGGGUAUACAUGAAACUACCCCCAGUUGAAGAGCUGGACUCUGUACUGGGAACUGAGAAGUGGAAGGUGAAGAAGGGAGAAGCACCAGACCCUUUCCAGAAAAUCGACAAGCGAUACAAGGGGAUCAGAGGCAAGAAGGCGUGUGAUAUUACUUCUCAAGCGCCGAAGACACAGGCUGCCAACAUCAUUGACUGGUAG